GUGUUGAGUCAAGCCAUGGUUGACAUCACCGACGACAACAUCUCGAUCAUCUCGGACGACGGCACGGCGAGCCUCGUAGAAGCGGUGGACGUGAUGCUGAAGCGACGGCGGUACUUUCGUGAAAAGAAGCGUGACCAACGUCGACGAGCAAAGGUCCAGCUCAAUGAGCGAGUUACACUGGAAGCCGAGUUGGCUCGCCUCCAACACGAUUAUGCAUCCCACAGGCAACACGUCGCAUCGAAGGAUCUGUCCUUGUCAUGGCAGGCUCUCGCAGCAGUAUUUCAACAAGAGACGAAGCUUGCUUGCGCGACAAAGCGGUGUUUGGAACAGAAACUGGCCUCGCUGAAGUGGACGAUACAGGAAAUGCUGCGACUCGUGCAACCUCCACGCCCGAUAUCGUCACCGCCGCUGCACCAAUACGCGUGUCUGUGCGCCGACCCCACGUCGCGGGCUAUGGCCAAGCAAUGGCUCGCCCAACACAUGUACCACAAUGCUGCCCGCGCCUUUCGCGACUUUCCAGCCGGCAUGACAGCGUCGGACGAGUUCGUUCACGUCGAAGUGGACACCUCAGGUGCUGGCAUGACCAUAUCUGAAUUUGGCCAGGCUGUAUUCCCGUAUCCGUUGCACACCGUCGUCGCCUUGUUCAAACAUCGCAUGCAUCACGUAUGGGGGCUCAAGCCCCAAAAUUCGGUCACAGAAUUCGUGGUCAACACAGUCCUCUAUCGCACCCGCACCGCAGCUGGCGAGUACUUUAAUGCGUUGGGGGCAUUCUUUCCAGGAGAAGACCGAUCUCUGUUUGUGCUUCGCCAUAUUCAGGACGACGACAUUUGUCCAAGCGCUGGCAGUAUUCAGCAGUACUCGAUGGAAUGGUCUGGCGCGAGUCGGCAACUGCCCUUCACACGUUUCGGUCGUAGGCUAGACGUGCAGAGUAUUUCCGAGACGAAAACUGUCCUUCGGGUUGCAUCGUCGAUGUCCCAACCAUUUACAUCCGCCGGCUUCAUGGACGUGGACGCCCUCGCCAAAUACUGGCACAUUCCGUUGGACGACGUUGUGAUCAGUGGAGUGCACGACGUGGACGUCGAUGCCAAGUGGGAGGCGCUGACGAGCGCUUACAUCCCAAUGCACACCGCUGCUGUGCAAACGAGCAAAGAGCGCAUGCUCGCGGCACUGGCCCAGCUCAACGUAGAUCCUGUGCUGUAA